AUGUACGACUCCUCUGGACGUGACUGCGUUAGCAAAGACGGGAGACUCGACCUGACGCGGCCCAGCGACAGCCGACCGACACCACAGACACCGGGGCCUGAGACGCAGCAGAAAGCCCCAGCGAGCACCCCCCCUCCCCCGCCGCCCCCUCCACCCCCCCCAGAGCCGGUGGGAGCCCCAGAACCCGAGGAGGAGAUCCUUGGCUCGGACGAUGAGGAGCAGGAGGACCCCGGGGACUACUGCAAAGGAGGGUACCAUCUGGUGAAGAUUGGGGAUUUGUUCAACGGGAGGUACCAUGUGAUCCGGAAGCUCGGGUGGGGACAUUUCUCCACCGUAUGGUUGUGCUGGGACAUACAAGCCAAGAACUUUGUGGCGAUGAAGGUGGUGAAGAGCGCCCAGCAUUACACGGAGACGGCUCUGGACGAGAUCAAGCUGCUGAGAUGUGUGCGAGAGAGCGACCCAGACGACCCAAACAAAGACAUGGUUGUUCAACUCAUCGACGACUUCAAGAUCUCUGGAGUCAACGGCAUUCAUGUGUGUAUGGUGUUUGAAGUGCUCGGGCACCACCUGCUCAAGUGGAUCAUCAAAUCUAACUACCAGGGUCUGCCGCUGCCGUGCGUCAAGAGCAUCAUCCGACAGGUGCUGCAGGGCCUGGACUACCUCCACACCAAGUGUAAAAUCAUCCACACAGACAUCAAACCAGAGAACAUCCUCAUGUGUGUGGACGAUACGUUUGUGCGGAGGAUGGCCAUGGAGGCGGCCGAGUGGCAGAAGGCCGGAGCCCCGCCCCCCUCUGGCUCAGCAGUUAGCACAGCCCCGCAGCUCAAACCCGUGAGUACGAUAGAUAUGGGUAAAAUCUCCAAGAACAAGAAAAAGAAGCUGAAGAAGAAGCAGAAACGACAGGCCGAGCUCCUGGAGAGACGGAUGCUGGAGAUCGAGGCUUUGGAGCGCGAGGCCGAGAAGAACGACGACGAGGACGACCCGACGCAAGACGGAGAAGAGAAGGGCUCCAGAGAGACCAACCGCGAGACCCCGGAGCAGACCGCCCCAGCGCUGGGGCCCAGUAUGGCUCUAGGGGAGAGUGACGAGGAGGAGGAGGAGGAGGAAGAGGACGGAGAGGAGGAAGAGGAGGAGAGAACGGAGAGGCCGACCAGACUCACCAACCACACAUGUGCCCAGCCUCACGAUGACGACAGCGAGACCACCCCUGUCCGCGACGCUAAUGAAGACCCCGCUGAGGAGGACGAAGGGGAGGAAGAGGAGAAGGAGGAAUCCACCCCCGUCGCUGAGAAAGCCCCCCCUAUCCCGCCCCCGAACCAGACAGAAGAAGAAGAAGAAGAGGAGGAGGAGGAGGAAGGCAAGGACGAGGAAGAAACACAGGACAACACGGAGGACGAGGAGGAGAAAACGGAUGAGACGAAAGACGAGGACACGGAGAAAAGUCUCGGAGAGGAAACGAAGGCCGAGAGUAAGACGGAGGAGGAGACGAAAGAGGAAGAGGAGGAGGACGAAGACACAACCGCGGAUCUGCUCACGACCGCAGAUUUGCUCACAGACAAUUCCCCGGUCAAAUACCACCACAACAAGAACAGCAGCAACUCGGCCAAAACCAACGGCCACGUGCAUCAGGGCAAUGACGCACUCAAAGUGGCCACUCCUCCCCCUCCCACGCCCAGCCCGGAGACUCUCCUCUGCCCCCUGGUGGAGUCCGAGCUCAGCUACACCGACCGGGACCAGUCUCUGAGCUCCGGGUACGAGCUUUACAACGGAGAGCUGACGGAGGCGGCGCUGACCAACGGCUCCAGCGAGAAGAGGUAUAAAGGGACCGCGGCGCUGUUCCCCGAGCUGCCCCUGGAUCCUGAGCCGGGAAACCGAAUAUCAGCCGACACCGGAGCGGGACGGACAUCCAAUAGCCCCACGGCUGACCGCAGCCGCACCGUGUCGUCUUCCAGCACCGGAGACACGCCCAAAGUCAAAGCCCGAGCAGCUGAUCUGCUAAUAAACCCACUAGACCCACGCAACGCUGAGUCCAUCCGCGUGAAAAUCGCUGAUCUGGGAAACGCCUGCUGGGUGCACAAGCACUUUACGGAGGACAUCCAGACGAGACAAUACCGCUCGAUAGAAGUCCUGAUAGGAGCUGGUUAUAGCACCCCAGCCGAUAUAUGGAGUACCGCCUGCAUGACUUUUGAACUGGCGACUGGAGAUUACUUGUUUGAGCCUCACUCUGGAGAGGACUACUCACGGGAUGAGGACCACAUAGCCCACAUCAUAGAGCUCCUGGGCUGCAUUCCAAGGCACUUUGCUCUCUCUGGAAAAUAUUCCCGGGAGUUCUUCAACAGACGAGACCACAUCGCUCUGAUCACGGAGCUCCUGGGAAAAGUGCCCCGGAAAAUGGUGGCUGACGGGAAGUACAGCCGGGAAUUUUUCUCCAAGAAAGGCGAGCUGCGGCACAUCACCAAGCUGAAGCCCUGGUCACUCUUCGACGUCCUGGUGGAGAAGUACGGCUGGUCGCACGAGGACGCCGGACACUUCACCCACUUCCUGUCGCCCAUGUUGGAGAUGGUGCCUGAGAAGCGAGCCUCGGCCGGGGAGUGCCUCAACCACCCCUGGCUCAACUCGUAG